CCGGGCUGGCGGCGGCGGCCUGCGGGCGCGCACUCUCGGGAUGGAGGGCGAGCGCCGGGCAUCUCCGGAGCGCUCCUCGGGCCUCCCGGCGGGGGGCGCCGGCGGGGAGAGCCCGGGGGACCGCGGCCCCCUCGCGGGCAGCAGCGGCUCGUCCGCCGCGCUGCAGGCCGACGUGCUGGACCUGGACGAGGACGAGGACGACCUGGAGGUGUUCAGCAAGGAUGCCUCUUUGAUGGAUAUGAAUUCCUUCAGCCCUAUGAUGCCAACGUCCCCUUUAUCAAUGAUAAACCAAGUCAAGUUUGAAGAUGAACCAGAUUUGAAGGAUCUCUUCAUUACUGUUGAUGAACCUGAAAGCCAUGUUACUACAAUUGAAACUUUCAUUACUUACAGGAUUGUUACUAAGACAUCUCGUGGGGAAUUUGAUUCCAGUGAAUUUGAAGUUAGGAGACGUUAUCAAGAUUUCCUUUGGUUAAAAGGAAAACUUGAAGAAGCACACCCCACUCUGAUUAUUCCACCUUUGCCAGAAAAGUUUAUAGUGAAAGGAAUGGUGGAACGCUUCAAUGAUGACUUCAUUGAGACACGCAGGAAGGCACUGCAUAAAUUUUUGAACCGAAUUGCUGAUCAUCCAACUUUAACAUUUAAUGAAGACUUCAAAAUUUUUCUUACUGCACAAGCACGGGAUGAGUAUAAUCAGACUUUUUGCUUAGAUCCUUGGAAGCAAUUACCAUUAAGUAGAAUAUGUAAUCAGGAGAAAGGGAAAAAAGAAGACAAGUGUUGUGUAGGUCAUGUUACCUGUGCGACACUUAGGUGUAAAUAUUUCGAUGAAAUGAAAGAGUAUGGCCCAAUUCAUGUUCUGUGGUCAGCGUCAGAAGAAGAUCUGGUUGAUACGCUAAGUGGUGUUGCCAGCUGCAUUGACCAAUGCAGUAAGGCCACUGAAAAACGGAUGUCUGGACUCUCAGAGGCCCUGCUUCCUGUCGUACACGAGUAUGUGCUUUAUAGUGAAAUGUUAAUGGGUGUUAUGAAGAGAAGAGACCAAAUGCAAGCCGAAUUGGAUUCCAAAGUUGAAGCUUUGACCUAUAAAAAGGCAGAUACUGAUCUGCUUACAGAAGAGAUUGGAAAACUUGAAGAUAAAGUGGAAUGUGCUAAUAAUGCCCUGAAAGCAGAUUGGGAAAGAUGGAAACAAAAUAUGCAGAACGAUAUCAAGUCAGCAUUUGCAGAUAUGGCUGAGGAGAAUAUCCACUAUUAUGAACAGUGCCUUGCUACGUGGGAGUCCUUCCUUACAUCACAGACGGACCUCCACUCUGAAGAAGACUCUGAAGAUAAAACUUAAUCCCAUUAAGGACUUCUGUGUGAUCUUUGGGAGAUAGCAUCUAUUAACCAAAGUUACUCUUUCUGGAUGGGCUGUAUCCUUUAUAAAGUGGAUGAAAAAUAUUUCACAAUAUCUGGAAAACCAGCAACUUGAGACUCAGGUAUUCCAGAUCAUUGAUAUGAAUUGGGAAAUUAUAUAUAUAUAUAUAUAU